CAGAGACUUCAGAUACAUUGUGUUUUCUUGCCUUCAACAUCAGCCCAUCAUGAACACUGAAUACUACCAAGGCCUUGGCUGAUGUCAGAAAGACAAAAUGUUAAAGAAAAACUACACAGCAGUGACCGAGUUUAUUUUGUUGGGACUGACAGAUCGAGCAGAGCUUCAGCCUGUGCUCUUUUUGGUAUUCCUGCUCAUUUACCUCAUCACGGUGACUGGUAAUGUGAGCAUGAUCUUCUUAAUCAGAAGUGACAGCAAGCUUCACACACCCAUGUACUUCUUCCUCAGCCAUCUCUCCUUUGUAGAUCUCUGUUAUGCCACCAAUGUUACUCCUCAGAUGUUGGUUAAUUUUUUAUCAAAGAGAAAAACUAUUUCCUUCAUAGGCUGCUUCAUACAGUUCCACUUUUUUAUUUCCCUGGUGAUCACAGAUUACUAUAUGCUUACAGUGAUGGCUUACGAUCGCUACAUGGCCAUCUGCAAACCUUUGUUAUAUACGAGCAAAAUGUCCAGAAGCGUCUGCCGCUCUCUUGUAGCUGCACCAUACAUUUAUGGAUUUGCAAAUGGCCUGGCACAGACCAUCCUGAUGCUUCGUUUAACGUUUUGUGGACCCAAUGAGAUCAAUCAUUUCUACUGUGCAGACCCACCACUCAUGGUCCUUGCUUGCUCAGAUACUUAUGUUAAAGAAACUGCCAUGUUUGUGGUGGCAGGAUCCAACCUCAGCUGUUCUCUCAUCAUCAUCCUCAUCUCCUACAUUUUCAUCUUUACAGCUAUCCUGAGAAUCCGUUCAGCAGAGGGGAGGCGCAAGGCCUUCUCUACUUGUGGGUCCCAUCUGGCAGCUGUCACUGUUUUUUAUGGGACUUUGUUUUGUAUGUACCUCAGGCCUCCUUCUGAGAAGUCUGUAGAACAGGGGAAAAUUGUGGCUGUCUUUUAUAUCUUUGUAAGCCCAAUGUUGAACCCCUUGAUCUAUAGCCUCAGAAACAAAGAUGUGAAAAGGGCUAUAAGGAAAGUUGUUAAGAAGGAAGUGUUCUUGAAGUAAGUUGAGAGGUUUGCAGCACCUUUGCUCUCUAAACCAUUUUAAAUUAUCAAAUUACUUUCUGUUAUUUUUAUUUUAAAUUCUGUCUCUUACAAAUGUCAUAUUGUACAGCAGUGAAUGCUAACUUGUAAGAUAGAUAUUACAUUUCAUUUUGAUGAAUUAAAAAAAAUAAAUUC